AUGCACCUAGAGAAUAAAGACAUCAGGCUGCCCUCAGCCGCGCUGGAGGUCGAGCUCCGCCAGACAUCGGCUGUGUCUGUUCCCACGUGCUCAGACCCUGGACGGCUGCUGACAGUCAGACCCACUACAGGAAACUACAAGCCCAGUCAGCCAGACCCCUACAUCCGCUAUGCUGGCCGGGCUGCUGGGAAGAGCCACGGUGUUCCUGAACAUGCAGAGUUUGGCUCAUUCCUCAUGGAGGGGAGCUCCAGCUCCAAGGACCUUUGCUUUAAGGAAGACACUCCUCUGCUCUGUAAUUCCUCACAAAAGAAAAGGUCACAUUUCAUGCCUGUUCAUCACCCAGAGUUCAUAGCCACUGAAGAUUCUUGGGAAAAUGGCCUGACUGCCUGGGAGCAAAGAUGCAUGUUGGGCAAAGAGAUUGAGGAUAUGCCUACACUGGCCUCCUCAGAGAAGGGGGAUCUUGCAGGGAGUGUUCCGGUCUCCAAACUGGGGUGCUGUGUACGGUGGAUGAAGGUCACAGGCUUGUUUGUUUUUGUGGUGGUGUGCUCUAUUUUAUUCAGCCUGUAUCCAGAUCAAGGGAAGUUCUGGCAGCUGUUGGCUGUGUCACCGCUGGAAAACUACUCUGUGAGCCUCAGUGGCCAUGUGGACUCCAUAAUGCUUCAACUGGACCUGGCAGGGCCCCUGAUGGCUGGUGGACCAAGCGGUUCAGGGAAAGAAGAGCAUGUCAUGGUUGUGGUGACCCAGGCAGACCCAAUGGGCACCAGGUGGCGGCGACCACAGCAGGUAACUCACAACUGGACUGUCCUUUUAAAUCCAAUGAGGGAGCACGUGGUGGUGAGCAGAACCUUUGAGCUAGUGAGCAGAGAGGCUGUUUCCAUCAACAUCCAGGCUUCCCUCCAACAGACUCACCUUGUUCCUCUCUUGUUGGCUCAUCAGUUCCUUGGGGCAAGUGUUGAAGCACAAGUGACCAUUGCCGUGGCCAUCCUCACAGGGGUUUAUACUCUGAUAAUAUUUGAGAUUGUUCACAGGACCCUGGCAGCCAUGUUGGGAGCUCUUGCAGCAUUAACAGCAUUGGCUGUGGUUGGAGAUAGACCCAGCCUGACCCACGUGGUGGAGUGGAUUGAUUUUGAGACUCUGGCUCUGCUGUUUGGCAUGAUGAUCUUAGUAGCCAUAUUUUCAGAAACGGGAUUUUUUGAUUACUGUGCUGUAAAGGCAUACCAACUUUCUCGAGGAAGAGUGUGGGCCAUGAUCAUCAUGCUUUGUCUCAUUGCUGCCGUCCUUUCUGCCUUCUUAGACAAUGUCACCACAAUGCUCCUUUUCACCCCCGUCACCAUAAGGUUAUGUGAGGUGCUCAAUCUCGAUCCAAGACAAGUCCUGAUUGCAGAAGUGAUCUUCACAAACAUCGGAGGAGCUGCCACUGCCAUUGGGGACCCACCAAAUGUCAUCAUUGUUUCCAACCAGGAGUUGAGAAAAAUGGGCCUGGACUUCGCUGGUUUCACAGCACACAUGUUCCUUGGGAUUUGCUUCGUUCUCCUGGUCUCCGUUCCACUCCUCAGACUCCUGUACUCGAACAAAAAGCUUUAUAACAAAGAGCCUAGUGAGAUUGUCGAACUGAAGCAUGAGAUUCAUGUCUGGCGUUUGACUGCACAGCGCAUCAAUCCGGCCAGCCGUGAGGAGACAGCUGUGCGUGGCCUACUGCUGGAGAAAGUGCUGGCCCUGGAGCACCUGCUGGCCCAAAGGUUGCAUUCUUUUCACAGACAAAUUUCACAGGAAGAUAAAAAUUGGGAGACCAAUAUCCAAGAGCUACAGAGAAAGCACAGGAUAUCAGACAGGAGUCUGCUUGUCAAGUGCCUGACAGUGCUGGGAUUUGUUCUCUCCAUGUUCUUUCUCAAUUCCGUUGUCCCUGGCAUUCAUCUUGACCUUGGAUGGAUUGCGAUUCUGGGUGCCAUCUGGUUGCUAAUUUUAGCUGACACUCAUGACUUUGAGAUCAUUGUGCACAGAGUAGAAUGGGUGACUCUCCUCUUCUUUGCGGCACUCUUUGUACUGAUGGAGGCCUUGGCACAACUUCACCUGGUAGAGUAUGUUGGAGAACAGACUGCCUUGCUGAUAAAGAUGGUCCCAGAAGAUCAGCGCUUGGCAGCUGCCAUCAUACUAAUAGUGUGGGUCUCAGCCUUGGCAUCGUCUUUGAUUGACAACAUCCCAUUUACUGCCACAAUGAUUCCUGUACUUUUGAACCUGAGCCAAGACCCUGAGAUUAGCUUGCCUGCACUGCCGCUCAUGUAUGCUCUGGCUCUUGGUGCCUGCCUGGGAGGUAACGGGACACUGAUUGGAGCAUCUGCGAAUGUUGUUUGUGCAGGAAUUGCAGAGCAGCAUGGGUAUGGAUUCUCUUUCAUGGAAUUUUUCAGGUUGGGCUUCCCGAUGAUGCUUGUGUCCUGCACCAUAGGGAUGUGCUAUCUCCUGAUCGCUCAUGUUGUGGUGGGAUGGAAUUAAUAGCUAGCCACCAUUUGAAGAUCAAGGGAAACCUGAUCAUCACCGGGAUCAGCCAGAAGACUUCUCCACAGCACCUCUGGAGAAGAAAGGAGCUCACCAUGUUCUCACCAUAAAACAGAGCUUUUUCCAUCACAGUAUUGUUCAGGUGGACGAUGAGAAACCACAGUGUCUUCUCCCUGCAGACAAAACAUGGGAAAUACAAGUUAACUUACCGAGAUUCCCUACAGAAAAUAUGCGUAUUUCAAAAACACUUCUUGCGGUUCUAUAUAAGAGAUGGCACAAACCCACCCGAGAAGCUGUGCCUUUUGUCGGUUCUCCUAAGAGUAAACAGUUUGUCUUACUGUAAUCCCCCCAUUUUAAAAUAGUCACCAUUUAGUUUGUAUACCCCUUGAGUAUGUCUCUUUCUGGGAAGAAACAUGCCGCUGUUAAGAAAGCGUUUUGUGUAU